AUGGAGUCUCAUGUAUCAAAUAUCGAGAAAGGAGUAGCUCAGGAAGACAAACCUGAAAGUUUUCAUAUUGCCAAAGCACAUGAUGCUGCCGAAAGAGGACAUGCAGCAACUGACAGAUACGGUCAGCCUCUUGUUGAUUUUGAUCCUAUUGCCGAAAAGCGUCUGUUGCGAAAAAUCGAUCUGUUCGUCAUUCCAACAGUUGCCAUCCUUUACCUUUUCUGCUUUAUCGAUCGUGCCAACAUCGGAAACGCAAGAUUAGCUGGGUUCGAAAAAGAUCUUGGUUUGAAAGGAAACGACUAUAAUAUUGUCUUAACCAUCUUCUUCGUUGCGUACAUUGUGUUCGAAAUUCCAUCCAAUAUUGCGUGCAAAUGGAUUGGCCCUGGCAGAUUUCUUCCGGCAUUAACUUUAGGAUUUGGUAUAACUAGUCUCGGAACUGCAUUUGUCAAGAAUAAACAUUCUGCUUCUGCAGUCAGGUUUUUACUUGGUAUGUUUGAAGCAGGUCUGUUUCCUGGGAUUGCAUACUACAUGUCGAGAUGGUAUCGUCGCAGUGAGCUUGCGUUUCGACUUUCGUGCUACAUCGUCAUGGCUCCCCUGGCGGGGGCCUUUGGAGGGCUACUAGCAUCGGCUAUCCUGAAGCUGGAAUCAGUCGGUAGUCUGCACACAUGGCGGAUGAUCUUUGCUAUUGAAGGAAUCAUCACAUGUGGCCUUGGCAUCAUUGGAUUUUUUACCAUGACCGAUCGGCCUUCUACAGCCCGUUGGCUUACCGAGGACGAGAAAGAUCUUGCUAUUGCGCGUGUCAAGUCCGAGCGUGUGGGCACAACUGAAGUCCUUGAACAACUGGAUACCAGAAAAGUCCUCCGCGGAAUCUUCUCUCCAGUAACCUUGACGACUGGCUUGAUCUUUCUGUUAAACAAUGUCACCGUGCAAGGCCUAUCAGUGUUCGCACCAACCAUCAUCAGGACAAUCUACCCUCAUUCCAGUGUCAUCUCACAGCAGUUGCACACCGUGCCUCCUUAUGUCGUCGGCGCCUUUUUCACUCUUUUUGUUCCAUUUAUAAGCUGGAAGCUAGACCGCCGCAUGAUUUGCUGCAUUUGUUUGGCUCCCUUAAUGAUCGUGGGCUAUGCCAUGUUUCUCAGAUCGGAAAAUGCGCACGUUCGCUACGGUGCAUCUUUCCUUGUUGCCUCAGGGUCUUUUGCAUUUGGCGCACUUUGCAAUGCUAAUGCGUCUGCAAACGUGAUAUCUGACACUGCCCGAUCCGGUGCUAUUGGCACUGUUGUUAUGAUGGGUAAUAUCGGAGGCUUGAUCAGCACAUGGAGCUAUCUUUCCUUUGAUGCGCCUAAUUAUCAUAUUGGUAAUGGACUGAACCUGGCCUGUGCAAGUGUCACUUUUUUGUUGAGUAUUGGCUUGUUGGUGUGGAUGAAAUGGAAUAAUGCGAAGCGAGAGCGAGUUGAUGUCGAUUCUGCAUUAGAGGGGAAGUCUAUUAAAGAGGUGCAAGUUAUGGAUUGGAAGAAUCCAGCUUGGAGAUGGAGGUACUAA